ACCAGGAAGCCAUCACAGGACCCGUUUGCACUUUGGACUAUAUUACCUCCGUUUAUUUCUAGACUUGGCUAUUACACAAGUGGACCGUAAAUUACCUGGAGGUUGAGGCCAACUGUCAAAGUGCUUUGAACUAUUUUAAAAACAGCGGCAAUAACUUUCAUUGAGAUGCAUUUGGAGACAUAUUUGUCGCGCAUCGGGUUCGCGGGCCCAGCUGAGCCCAGCCUGGAGGUGCUGCGGUCGCUUCACACCUGUCACCUGCUGUCGGUGCCGUUUGAGAACCUCACGGUGCACAGCGGCGGACGGGUCCAACUUGAUCUUUCUCUUCUAUACGACAAAAUAGUAAACCAGCGCCGAGGUGGUUUCUGCUUUGAGAAUAACGGUCUCUUCUCCUGGCUGCUGUCCGAACUGGGCUUCCAGGUGACUCUGCUCUCAGGUCAGGUGAAAAAUGCAAUCACGUGUCGUUACGGGCCGCCUUUUGACCAUCUGACCCUCAUGGUGAACCUUGAUGGACAGCGCUGGCUGUGCGACGUCGGGUUUGGUGCUGCAGGUUUUAGUGCACCUCUUUCACUGGAGACCAGUGGCCCCCAGGAGCAGGGCCACAGAGUGUACCGCAUUAGAGAGCAUGUGGGGAUGCAUUUUCUGGAGUGGCAGCAGGAGGAGAACAGAGGGGCAGAUGGAGACUGGGUAGAGCUCUACAAGUUCACCCUUGAACCUCGGUGUCUGGGAGACUUUGCUGAGAGGUGCGAGUAUCACCAGCGCUCCCCCUGCUCCCUCUUCUUCUGCAAGUCUCUCUGCACCAUCUUAAAACCAGGUGGGAGGGUCAGCUACACUGGCCACAAACUGACCACUACUACAUUUCCAACAGAGGGCACACAGGGAGUGGUGGAAACCACAACCAGGGAUCUUAAGGAUGAGGAGAUACCUGGUGUGCUAGCAGAGGAAUUUGGAGUUGUAUUGAAUUCUCCACUCAUACCGAAGGAUGAGAAAAUCACACCACCGCCAAUCAUGUAUUGAUCACACUUCCACAUGGGAUAUCCUCAAUAGGCUUGAAGAAAAGAACACUUAGGACAUCUAUCUGAUUUGCCUGAUGUGGGUCUAGUACUGAAACAUCACUAAUAAAAGUGAUAUUGCAAGUUAGACAGUGUGUGUAUUCCUUUUGCAUAUCCUCAAAAGGCAAAAUGUUAAAAAUGUAUCUCCUCAUUGAGAUGACCAUAUCUCUCAAGACUAUAUCUCAGAGAUGCUUGUAGUUUAUGAACCAAUAAGGCCCCUCAGAUUGUCUGAAUGCUCUUUUUUAGCUGUUUCACAGAGUAGAACUAAAACAUUUGUUUGAAAGGUGCUAUAUAAAUACAUUUGAUUGAUUUAUUCGAAGGUGUUCUUGAAAUGUCACGUUCACGAGAAUGUGACAGAUGCAAGGUCACCUUGACCUUUGGCCACCAAAUCACCACUUCAUCCACUUGGGCUUCAUUGUUAAGCCCAAGGAGAUGUUUGUGCCAAAUUUAAUGAAAUUGCCUCAAGGCGUUCUCAAGGUAUCUUGUUAACGUGAAUGAGACAGACAAGGUCAUGGGGACUUUUGACCUAUAACCACAAAAGUCUAAACAGUUCGUCAUUGAGUCCGGUGGACAUUUGCACUAAAUUUGAAAAAUUCACUUAAGAUGUUCUUGAGAUAUCGUGUUCAUGAGUAUGGGACGGUACAGACACAUAAACAUAAUGCCUCUGGCCAAGACACAUAAUAACUGCAACUC